CAAAGUCAAGGCAGCUUGACAAAUAAAUAACUCAAAAUUAGUAAACACAUUCCAAACUUAACUUUAGAUUUCUUCUUCAUCUUCGUUUUGCAUUUCUCAAAUCAUAUCCUAUAGUAUUAUUAUUUACUAGUAAUUAUUAUUAAUAUUUUCAUUUAUAUUUAAUUUGUACUAAUUAUAUCUCCGAGACGUGAAAACCGGAUUUCACGGGCGGUUUUGUUACCGAACCGGGUCUCCGGCUGAUAUUAGUGGGUCCAACUACCUGAACCGGAGAAAUGGAUCUAACCGCUCACCAGCGUCCUUUAUUUUCGGACCGAGUAACUGUCAACGGCACCGUAACGCCACUUGCUCUUCUCGCCGACGGUAGACUCUGGUGGUCGGAAGGUAUUCAACGCUGUCUCUCCGUCGAAAAAGAUGUUAUCGGAUUCAUCUCUACUGGUUCCAAUAUCAAAAUCAAGACUCUCGUUGAAGCUCGUGACGGUUGUUGCACCACCGGUGCUCCAGCAAAACUUGUUCGUAACGACGUCGUUUUUAAACCUUCAUCAGAGGAAACGCAUAGGAUUUGGUGCCAGAAGCUUCGCGAAUUCAUCGAUUCUCUCGGUCGACCUAAGAGAUUGCUUGUUUUUGUGAAUCCAUUUGGUGGAAAGAAAUCUGCUGUGAAGAUUUUUGAUGAACAAGUUAAACCUCUUUUUGAAGAUGCUCAAAUUCAACUCACUGUGCAAGAAACUGCACACCAGCUACAUGCCAAAGAAGUUGCUCGAUCGUUGGAUAUUACGGAGCACGAUGGCAUUGUUUGUGUUAGUGGAGAUGGAAUUUUGGUUGAGGUUGUAAAUGGGCUUCUUGAAAGAGAGGAUUGGGAUACAGCGAUAAAGAUUCCCCUUGGAGUAGUUCCUGCAGGUACGGGAAAUGGCAUGGCAAAAUCUUUGCUUGAUUCAGUUGGUAAUCCUUGUACAAUAGCCAAUGCCGUUCUUGCUAUUAUCCGAGGCCAUAAGCGACAGCUUGAUGUGGCUACCAUCACACAGGGUGAAACCAGAUUUUUCAGUAUUUUGAUGCUUGCAUGGGGUCUAGUUGCUGAUAUUGACAUCGAGUCUGAAAAGUAUCGGUGGAUGGGAAGUGCUCGUCUAGAUUUUUAUGGUCUCUGUCGACUCUUAAAUUUGAGGCAAUACAGUGGAUCUGUUUCUUUUGUGCCUGCACCUGGGUUUGAGUCUUACGGGGAGUCCACUAGUUGCCCUGGCAAAUCUACCAUCAAAGGGAACAACAGUGAUCCAAGUGAAGGGGAACAUGUUAAUUUGCAAACACUUUGUUAUCAAGGACCUGAAGUAAACUUGGAAAAUAUGAACUGGAGAGUUAUAAAUGGACCCUUUAUUAGUGUCUGGCUUCACAAUGUACCUUGGGGUGCUGAAGAUACGAUGGCAGCACCUGAUGCAAAGUUCUCUGAUGGUUAUCUUGACCUGAUCAUUACGAAGAAUUGCCCAAAGUUACAUUUGCUGUCAAUGAUGUCAGAGUUGAAUAAUGGAGGACAUGUUAAAUCUCCAUAUGUCACAUAUCUGAAGGUGAAAGCUUUCAGCUUGCAACCUGGUCCACGCAUCAAGGACCGAGAGAAGGAAGGGAUCAUAGAUUCAGAUGGCGAGGUUUUGGCAAGAGGGAAAGGAACCUACAAGUGUGACCAGAAGUCUUUGAUGGCCUAUGAUAAAUUGCAGAUAACAGUGGAUAGAGGUUUAGCUACACUUUUUACCCCUAUAUAAUAAUCUGGUUUAAUUAUUUUCGUGUGCAAAUUCCACUCCACGUAAUAUCGUUCACGUGUUGGUAUUAACAGAACCUUCCAUGAGUUAUAUAUCUUGUACAGCACCAGAUGUAUUGGAUAGAAAGUUUCCUUUGUAACACCAAAUUGGUGGGGGUUAAAUUUUGAAUUAUUAAUACGGAAAUUAUAUUAUCACUCUUUUCUUGAGUUGAGUGAGAGGGUACCCUUCCAAAGAUAAAGUGUAAUGAUAAAUAUUAAUUGAAAAAUCAACUAGAGAUUGCAAUAAUA